AUGGGCGAGACAAUUGUUUUAGAUAUACGUUUGAACCCUUGCAACUAAGAAUAUUUAUCCUCAAGAUUUCCUAAAUUGAAAUGUGAAACUAAUUAAACAAAAAUCACCUAGUUCAUUAAAGAAUUCAAAGUCAGAUAUAUGAUUACAAGUAAAUUUUUUGACAGUUAGGAUUUCUCCUCAGAUCCAAUUAAAGCCUCAGUUGACAUCAGAAGAUAUUUUGUGAAUUCUCAAAGUCUAAGAUAAAUUGUUUAUAAUCUGUAGCCUAAUUAAGCAAUUGGAUCAAUUUCAAAAUUACAUGAGUCACUUUCGACCUAUCGUUUCGAUUAUUAUUAAACAAAUCUAGAAUCAACAUCAAGUUUAGAAAGAAUAGAAACAGAUCCAUAUAUAGUAUUUAGGAUUAAAAUGAAAAAUGAUUUUACCAUAAUUGAAAGAUCUCUAAACAAUUUUGUAUAAUUACUAUCUAAUACUGGUGGACUCUUGGGGAUCAUCACUUUUAUCGUUAACAUUUUGAUUGGAUGGUUAUAAGAGUUUUUUUUCAUUUAAAGUAUGCUUAAGAAAAGAUUUUUAGUUAAUGACCAUGAAAAUAGUAUCAAAAGCCUUAACAUAAAUGCAUCUCAACCUUAAAUUUAUUUGUAAUUAAUUCAUGACCUAUGGAAUAGGAAGCCAUUUUACUACACGACUAAGGAAGCUUUCUUAGCUCUAAUAUAGUGA